AGCGUGCGACUCCAGCUACAAAACUGGUCUGGGUUGAAAAAGUAUGGCAGCUGCUGAGGCGGCGGUGGUAUCGUCAUCUUUGGAAACAGACACGGCCCGGGUCCCUGAAACUGCAGGAGCAGCCGCAGCAACGGCCGCCACCUCAUCAGCGACGGCUGCAGCCGCGGCGGUUGCGGCCGCCGCCAGGACCGGAUCCGAAGCCACGGCCUCCAAGGCCGCCUUGGCUAAUAAGCUGCUGUCCCUGAGCGGCGUGUUCGCCGUGCACAAGCCCAAAGGGCCCACUUCAGCCGAGCUGCUGAAUCGGCUGAAGGAGAAGCUGCUAGCAGAAGCUGGAAUGCCUUCUCCAGAAUGGGCCAAAAGGAAAAAGCAGACUUUGAAAAUUGGACAUGGAGGGACACUAGACAGUGCUGCCCGAGGAGUUCUGGUGGUUGGAAUCGGAAGGGGAACAAAAAUGUUGACCAGUAUGUUGUCAGGGUCCAAGAGGUACACCGCCAUUGGGGAGCUGGGGAAAGCUACUGACACGCUAGAUUCCACUGGCAAAGUAACAGAAGAAAAGCCUUACGAUAAAAUAACACAAGAAGAUAUUGAAGGCAUUCUGCAGAAAUUUACUGGGAAUAUAAUGCAGGUACCUCCCCUCUAUUCUGCAUUAAAGAAAGACGGACAGAGACUUUCAACCUUGAUGAAGAGAGGUGAAAUAGUAGAAGCGAAACCUGCCAGGCCAGUUACGGUGUACAGUCUCUCCCUUCAGAAAUUCCAGCCACCAUUUUUCACAUUAGAUGUUGAAUGUGGAGGAGGUUUUUAUAUCAGAAGCUUGGUCAGUGACAUUGGCAAAGAACUGUCUUCCUGUGCCAACGUCCUAGAGCUGACCCGAACCAAGCAGGGGCCGUUUACACUAGAAGAGCAUGCCCUUCCUGAAGACAAGUGGACAAUUGAUGACAUCGCCCAGUCUCUGGAACAUUGCUCGUCUCUUCUCCCGGCAGAGCUGGCACUUAAAAAGUCAAAACCUGAGGAGUCUAAUGAACAAGUUUUGAGCUGUGAAUAUAUAACCCUAAAUGAGACAAAGGGAGAAGAGGAUAUAAUUAAGGCCUCUUAAGAUUGGCUUGGGGUUGUCGUCAUUUCUUGGUUGACAUUUGAGUCCUGUGUACAGAAUGGCAAGCUACAUGCAAGAGAUGAACAACUGUUUCUUUUUUUCUUCCCGCAUGAUUUUUUUUUCGCAUGAAGAAAAAUGUCCAUCAUUGACAGUUUCCGUGGUGUACAAUUUAUCUGCUCUACAUUAUAAAUAGCUUUGCAGUGACUUAUUCAGUUCUUUGCCUCACUGUGAAAUGUUGUUUUAGGAUGUUAUGUUGUUCAGUUGGAUUCAGGAAAAUCAACCUUCUGAUUUUGAUCUUUCUUCAGAGUCUUUUUCUAAUCAAAGAAAAAGAAAUACAAGCUAUAUGUUUCUUUGGUGUCACAAGACUGAAUGCAACUUUGACUUUGACUUUAUUUUGGCUUCCUAGUGGCUCUAUUAUAUUGAAGUUCUUAUGUUUGAAAAGACCAUUAUUUAACUUACAUUUUGGAGCUUACAGUUAUUAACAUUUAUUUGACAAGACUUGUACUUAACCUGGUAAUAGCUAUGUUUGUUUAGCUCUUGGAAAUGAAUAAACUUUUAUAAUAAAUAUUUGUAAAUAAACCAAAUUGUUGCUGCUACCACUAACAGAAUGUAAGAAGACUAAAUAUUUAGUUAAAUUCACGUCUACCAUGAGCGCAAAGGACAGCCCCGUGGCUUAUAUUUGGCAGCUACGUGAUCUUUUCCUGAUGAUUUCAUCCGUACAAUCAACUGCCCUGUACCAAGUUACUGAAUAGCAUUUUUUAAAAAGUAAGCCAAGGAAAUCAUCUUCAGUUUAAAAUUUCUUUUGUCUAUUUUUUAGUAUUUAUUUAUACCUCUACAGGGCAUUAAUCCCUGUGAUACUGUUUUUUUUUCUUUAGUUUGCUCUUUCAAAUUAUAUUUAUAGACGUCGAGAUAGCUGCCAUACAUGUCUAGCUAAUCCCUUCUGCUCUAAAUAUUUUAAAAGCUAUUCUCCAACAUUUUCAUUCAAAUAGCUUACUGAAAGUUCCCUAACCCUUUUUUAACAUAAUUUUGAAAAUGUAGUCACAAAAUGGUACAUUUCACAUAUAACGAGUCCUUCAUAUUUUUAUUAUGGGAAAGCAAUAUAUUAUGUGGCCAGUCUUUAGAAAUGUCCAAAUUCUGCUUCGUUUAUUCAGAUUCUAAAGGAAGAAUAGUUUAAAAUUUCAUAAAUCAGAUGUUUCUAGAUUUUUAUGGAUUGCCUCUCUUUUAAAAGUAGUUGCCUGUUUGCAAUCUCCAAAAAUUUUAAAUCUGUAAAGUCAUGGGAUUUUAUUUGUAGUUAACUGAAUAUAAAUUCAGUACGAAAAUUUAUAAAGCAUAUAUAGCUUUUUAUAUAUGGAGCGUUUUAUCACAUUGGCAAGGUAUCUUAAAUGAAAAUAUUAAAAGUAAUUCUGACACACAAAACUGUAAGGAAAAGAGUUUGCUAUCUCAAUGCAUUAACAUAAAAUACCAAACACACAAAUUUGUAAGUUUACAACUUAUCUUGUGCCCCGCAGUUUGUCCCACUCAGAAGUGGAGUCCGCCUCUGUCUGCUGGGGUGGCCCAGGUGAUAGGUCGUCAGGCUUUGCCAGUUAAGGUCCAAAUAGAGGAAAAUUUAGGUUUUAGGAAACAGUUGGGGCAUUUCUCUAUUUCUCAACUUAAAAAUUGCCAUGUAUAAAUUUACUGGUGGAGAAGAGUAGAGAUUAUGUAUCUUUUUCUUAAUAUUGAAAACAUUGAAGAAAAUUUUGCCAAAUAGAAAAAUUACCCACAAUCCUCACCAUCCUGACGCAGGGACUUCAGAACUUUAAUUUUGUAUUACCAUUUUCCCUUUUUUGGUUUACAUAAUUACAGUCUUAAGACACCUAUAUUUUCUAAUCGACUAUUAUUUCAUUUCAUGUUCUGAGAUGCUUUGUAUUUACUUUUGAUAAUUAUUAUUUUAAUCAUAUCACUUCAUAUUCAGUUUACUUAAACCAUUAUCGUAAUUCUUGAACUCUGAAGUUGUUUUCAGUUUUACUAGGAUCGAUUCCUGGGAGUGGGAUUAUUGGCAGAGUAAGAACACUUUUAUGGCUCUUCGUAUGUUUGCCCUAUUGCUUCCCAAAGAGUUAUAACAUUUUACACUGGCGCCAUUUAAGUAUCUCUGUUCAUUAAAAGUUUACAGCUUUGGGUGGAUGUUUUAUAUGUUGUUGCUAAGGUAGUAAGUAUAAGAGUUCAAAACUGCUCUUAAUUUGCUUUUGUGUGACUUUUUUGUAUACUUUGUUCAUUUAUAUAAGUAAAUGUCUUAAUGGUUUCUUUAUACAUUUGUAUGAGUUAUUUCUGCAGUAAAUACUUGGCAGCAAGUA